CCUAGUUUGAAUACAAUUUUGUGCAGUGUCGGGUGAGCAAGAUUAGAAUUUUUUAAAAAUGGAGAAGUGGAUCGGGCGUGUUGCACUUGUGACAGGAGCCUCAGCUGGGUUUGGGGAAUCAAUAGCAAAGCGUUUGGUUGAACAUGGAAUGAAAGUGGUGGGAUGUGCCAGAAACAUAGAAAAAAUACAAACCUUAUCCGAAAGUUUAAAAGGUGCGAAGGGAACUCUGACAGCUAUACAAUGUGACAUAUCUAAAGAAGACCAGAUUUCGGCCAUGUUUGAAAAGAUCAAAAAAGAUUUCGGAGGAGUGGACGUGUGUAUCAACAACGCCGGUCUGUCAUAUAAUGCCCCGUUAUUGUCCGGCACCACAGAACAAUGGAGGCAUAUGCUUGAUGUUAAUGUACUGGGAUUGUGUAUCUGUUCGAGAGAGGCCGUGAAAUCCAUGAAGGAACGAGGAGUUGAUGACGGCCAUAUUAUUCUAAUGAGCAGUAUGUCGGGUCACAGAGUUGUUCCAAACGCCUCACACAUUCAUUUCUACGCUGCCACUAAAUACGCAGUAAAAGCACUGACAGAAGGUCUGCGGAAUGAAGUCUGCGAGAUGAAAAGUCACAUCCGAGUAACGAGUGUAAGUCCAGGUUUAGCAAAGACGGAAUUCUCACAUCGUCUGUUUAAAGAUGAUAUAGAAAGGGCAGAUAAAAGAUAUUCUGGUAUACAGGCUAUAAGUCCGGGAAUGGCGAGGACGGAAUUUACUCACAGGCUCUUCGCAGACGAUAUAAGAAAAGCAGAGCUAGAGUAUGGAGAUUGCAAGGCAAUGACCGCCGAUGACGUAACCGACAGUGUGAUUUACGCUCUAAGUGCACCAACGCAUGUGCAGGUACACGACAUACUAAUUCGUCCGACCGAGUGUCCGUAUUGAGAAAGUUUGUUAAGAUAUGUUGAACUAUCACGCAGUAUAUUUGUGCAUUAAUUAAAACACAAAAUCAGACGGUGUCAUCUUUAAUACAAAAUGUACAUUCACUGUAAUAACUCCAUGUUUAGCUAUCUCGUUUAACAAAAUUUCCGGGAUUUCAAUAGCGACAAUAAAGUAAUAAUAGAACGUUUUCAAAGUGGAUUGCAAGUUAUUUCAGUUUCGUAGCAAAGUCCAGCGAAAGGUAGACAAAUACCGUGAAAUCCUUUGAUUUCGUGGACAUGAUAUUUCGUGGUUUUGAGUAGAACAUCCUUUUUCGUGGGGAAAUAAAAGGAAUGGGAAUUCUA